AGAGGCGCUAAUAACCCGGAAGUGGUCGUGGGUGCGGCGCUGUUUAAAGAUGGCGGCGGAGGAACCUCAGCAGCAGAAGCCGGAGCCGCUCGGAAGCGACUCCGAAGGAGUUAACUGUUUGGCCUACGAUGAAGCCAUCAUGGCCCAGCAGGACCGAAUUCAGCAAGAGAUUGCUGUUCAGAAUCCACUGGUCUCCGAGCGCCUGGAGCUCUCUGUGCUGUACAAGGAGUACGCGGAAGACGACAACAUCUACCAACAGAAGAUCAAGGACCUACACAAAAAAUACUCCUACAUCCGAAAGACCAGGCCUGAUGGUAACUGCUUCUACCGAGCCUUCGGGUUCUCCCACCUUGAGGCCCUUCUGGAGGACAGCAAGGAGCUGCAGAGGUUUAAAGCCGUCUCUGCCAAGAGCAAAGAGGACCUGGUGUCUCAGGGCUUCACCGAGUUCACAAUUGAGGAUUUCCACAACACGUUCAUGGACCUGAUCGAGCAGGUGGAGAAGCAGACCUCAGUGGCCGAACUGCUGGCCUCCUUCAACGACCAGAGCACUUCCGACUACCUGGUGGUCUACCUACGGCUGCUCACCUCGGGCUACCUGCAGCGCGAGAGCAAGUUCUUUGAACACUUCAUCGAGGGGGGACGGACCGUCAAGGAGUUUUGUCAGCAGGAGGUGGAGCCCAUGUGCAAGGAGAGCGACCACAUCCAUAUCAUCGCGCUGGCGCAGGCCCUCAACGUCUCCAUCCAGGUGGAGUACAUGGACCGCGGUGAGGGCGGCACCACCAACCCCCACGUCUUCCCGGAGGGCUCGGAGCCCAAGGUAUAUCUGCUGUACAGGCCCGGACACUACGACAUCCUGUACAAAUAGGCGGGCCGGCGCCGGGCACGCCUCUCCCCCCCGCUAACUGGCGUUAGACGUGUACAGAGGUUUUUUGUGGUUGUAAAUGGUAAUAUUUCACUCCCCUUUCCCCUCCCUGUCACCCGUGACCUUGCGUGUUUUAUUAAAGGGGAUGCUGGUGGUGAGGCCGUGUGUGCGCGCCCGUGUGUUGCUGUGCGCGCCCUGGGUCUGGCUGCCCCUGCCUGUUCGUUUCACGCUUCUCCUGGGUCCUGGGCCCCUUUCCUCCUCGUGGGGACCUUGGUCCAGGUCUAGCCAAGCCUUGGGAGUUGGGGCUCCGUCCUGCCCCCAGCAGUCAAACCCAGGAGGAGAUGGCCUGUUAGGGCAGGGGGCUGAGGGGGGCCACCCUGCAUGUUCUUCCGAGGACUGUCACGCUGGGAGAUGAUGCCACUGCUUUUGUUUUAGUGUCCGGAUCUUCUCCUGGGGGCUGCAGGGUCUCUAACUGUGCUUCCACGUGGUGGUCCACCUGCCGUGGUGCUGACCCAGUGUGGCCCAGGCUCGGUGGCCACCAGAUGCUCAGCCCUGCAGAUGGAGGGCUGGCUGAUGCCUUCGGCCCUGUCUGAACUCCCUGGCUUCUGGCUGGGGAGCCUCCGGGAGGCCCCCCAGCUGCCUCUGCUCUCCCUUCUACUGCUGCUGCUUCUGUCCUGGUGCCUGCCUUGGUCUUGCUUCUUAGAAGGUUUGGCUUGUUCUUAGCUCUGCCCCCAGCAGAGGGCACUGCCGCUCUGUAGCAGCAUGGUGCAACCCCUUCCUCUCUGCCCUGGCUGCUGGGGUAGCGGGCUCGGACCCCCUGGGGCCCCACAGACUCUUCAGUGGCUUCUCACAGGCCUGGGGGCUUCACUAUCCUCCCCGGGCGGGCAUUGCCCCUCCAAGAGGCUGCCUGACCGUGGAAGGUGGGGAGCCCGCUGCCCCCCCCACACUCUUGCCUUCCUUCCCCUCCCCCUGCUUUGGCUUGCUGGGCCUCACCGGCGUUUUUCUGCUCUCUCUUCUGAGUUUGCCAUUUCUUCCAGCAAGGGGAAGGGCAGGUGGAUCUCCCUCUCCCCCACCGCGCCAUCCGAGCCACAGAAAACCACCCCCUCCCCCAAAGAAUUAAUGGUUUGUCUGUCUCCUCUUAGACUGUAAGCCCCUCGAGGGCAGGGAGCGUGGCUGUGUGUUCUGUGCAACUGUAUCGCGCCUCAAUAAAUGUGAACUAAUUGUUGGCAAA